AUGCAGGGCAUACUGCCACCGCCUCAAGGCGUGAUACCAGACUUUAGUGGCACAAGAUCAGCUCUACAGCAUCAAGUGCUGAUUUCAUGCAUCGCGGCCACCGCGGUUUCAACAUUUUUCCUAGGCCUUCGAUUGUAUACACGCAUCUUUCUCAAUCGCAAACCAGGUUUUGAUGAUUUACUCAUGUGCUUUAGUUGGUUGGGAUGCAUUGCCUGGUUCAUCACAUGUAUCUCCGGAUUUCAAUUUGGAUUGGGCCACCACGCCUGGAAUGUCACGCCUGAUAAGUUGAUGGGCUAUCUCAAGACAAUCCUCGGACUAGCCCUUAUCUACAUCUGGACACCAGCACUCACAAAGCUCUCUUUGCUCCUUCUGUACUACCGGAUAAACACUGACGCUCGGAUGAGAAUCAUAAUUUACGCGCUCGGGAUCUUGACAAUUGGCUACAGUCUUUCCAUCACUAUUGUUGCCGUUGGACCUUGUAACCUCCUCACUUAUGUGAACGGGAAAUUCCAUAUUCUCACGGAUUUCUGCAUCAUUCUAUUACCGCUUCCAAUGUUACACGGUCUUCAGCUACGUAUGAAGCAAAAGAUCCUUUUGGGCAUAGUGUUUACAUUAGGAUCUGGGGUCGUCAUCGUCUCUAUUGUUCGAAUCAUUUACAUAUAUAAUUACAUCGGUAAUCUGGAUAUUACAUUCUACCAAGCCAAGUCUAGCAUCUUCUCUGGAGUUGAAUUGAAUGUAGGGAUCAUUUGUGCAUCAAUGGCCACAUUGAAGCCUUUCAUUGUCAAAUACAUGUCCUUCUUAUUGCCUUCGACCGAAAACAGCCAAAGAUCAAAAUCUAAGAGUUGGGCUUUGAGUUGGUUAAGACCAUCUCGAGGUCAGAACAAGAGUUACGCACUAGGCAGUUUGGACAAUCACAAGGCGAAGCCGGUACAAAACGAAGAGGGGUCCAGUAUCCAAGUCUCGACUCAAUAUUUUGUAACUUCGACAGAACGCCCGUUGAAGGACAGUGAUAGCACUGAGAGAAUUAUCGCACCUGAUAUAAGGAAGGAUAUGUGA